AUGAAUUGCCGGUGGAUAACUGUCUUUCCGUUUGCUGGAAAAUUGUCAAUGGGCAGAAUAUUUCAUAAUACCCGGGUAAAGGAAGCUGCAGGGGACAGGUACGCAGUGUUGGCAGGAAGGUGCUGUCCAGUUUCGAGCAGUGCUGCUGAUCAAAGUGAAAAUGGUGCCGAGAUUUCAAGUUUCCAAAGUCCUGCAGACUCACACCAUGACUGGGUUGGCCCUCCAGAUAGGCUUUCAAACCUAAGACCUAUGAAAUAUUAUGCACCAAAGCUUGAAUCCGAACUGGAGCAGGAACUGAGGAAGUUAAGGAUGGCUACACAAGUCUGGAAUCAGAACUUUUGGUUGAAUCAGAAUGUAACUUUCAACAAGGAGAAAGAGAAGUUCAUACACUCCCGCCUAAAGGCAAAAGGAAUAGGAUUAAGAGAUGAGGAAGGGAGAAAAAAUACUCUCAGUGCAGAAGAGAUGGCUGAAUUUUAUAAGGAUUUUCUUGAUGUAAAUUAUAAUAAACAUGUGAACUAUAAUAAGGAAUGGUACAAGCGUAAUUUUACUAUCACAUGGUUAAUGGGUCGAGUUGUGCUGCAGAAUGCCUGGAGGAAACUGAGAAAGAGGAAGGAAGUCGAACAAUGAAGAUCCUGUUCUAUGAAAAGUUUAAUUGGAUUUAAAUGCUUGGAGUUGAAACUUAAUUUUGUCAUGAGGAUAUUAAGAUCUGGUUAUAAAUUUAGCAUCUUGAAUUAAAGGUAUCCUAAGACAUACACAAUUGUAAUCAAAUUAUGAUGUAUAUUCUGUGUUUAAAGUUAAAUAAAGACAUUGUGUGUUUUCAA